AUGCGAAAUCGGAAGGAACAUGAACCUCGCGUAAAGAUGUACGAUCAUGUAUUGUCGGUGGUAAUGCAAGAUGAUGAACAUCGACUAGCUUUUCCUCGACUAAUGAAGGUUUUUGAGUACGUAUCGGCCGUCCGCCCAUCACUUAUUGUUGUUCUAAACACUACAUCGAAGGAGGAGAUGGAAAAGAAGCUAGAGAAGUCCGGGUAAGAGUUUUACAUCAAAAGCUUUGUAGAAGCAUGGAGAAGCUGUAUAAUAUUAUUAUAGACCUUUAUCUUUACGUUAUCAUGCCUAAAGUUAAACUUUUUCAGCUUCAAAUACCUAUUUUUCGACGAAAUCAGAGAAAUUGACGAAGCCGAGGACUAUUUCACAAGUUUCGAAAAAAAGUUUAUCGAGUGCCGUCAAAGUCCAGUCUACCUUGAGAAUGUCAACUUUUACUUUGAUCAUUACGGCAGUAAGAAAACAAUCAGGUUGUUGAGGGGCGUUAGAAGGUUGUUCACUACAUAUUGUGAUUACACUUGGUUUCCUGGUAAUUCUGAGAAGACCAAGCGUUUGAAGGAGGAGGCUAGCAAGUUUCUGAGUGUUGUGAAGCCGAGAAAGAGAAAGUCUAAAGAAGUUGUAAGUGUUUUUAAGGCUUUUUGUUACCUAAAAUUUAUUUUUGUUACUUAAAGUUCAUUUUUAUUACCUAAAAUUUAGUUUUGUUAACUAAAAUUUUUCGUUAUCUAAAAUUUAUUUUUGUUUAUUAAAAUUCAUUUUCGUUAUCUAAAAUCAAUUGUUUCAGUCUCCCACCAUCGAAGUUGGCCUAACAUCUGAUGACGAUGUCGAAAACGAUGAGCCAGCUAAGAAAUCGACUGGUAAUACGACCAAAAAAGACGACCUUACACAUUCGACCACUAAAACCAGCAAAAAAGAUGAUUCGACAGUAAAACCUGCUACUAAAAGAGGAAAAAAAGAGGAUACUACAUCGAAAUCGACUGGUAGAAGUAAAUCGACUGGUCGAGAUGGAACUAAAACGCUGAGGAAAUCGACUUGUGGAGAUGGAAGUAAGUCGACCGGCAGAAUAAGCAAGAAGGAAUCGACAACAACGAAGUCGACUGGUCGAAAGAAGGAUGAGGGAAAGAAGUCGAAAAAGGAUGGUAUUAAUGAAGGCGAGUUCUCUCAGCUUAUUAAUGGCAUUCGUAAUCAAAUUAUAUAGGUAUUGAUCUGAAAAUUUGUGUUUUUAGUUCUAGUUUGGUCUAAACAUAAGUAGGAAUGGGUUUUUUGGUAUUAAGCGGUUUAAAAGUUUUAGGUAAUAAAAAUGAAUUUUACGUAAAAAAAUUGAAUUUUAGGUAAUAUAACUGAAUUUUAAGUAACAAAAAUUAAUUUUAGAUAAAAAAAUUGAACUUUAGGUAACAAAACCGAACUUUAAGUUAUAAAAAUGAAUUUUUAAAAACAGUGGGACAAGAGCAUUUUUGAAUUUUUGUUACCUAAAAUUUUUUUUUUGAAUAAUGUUUUUAUAAUCUAUUUACCCUUAAGCCCUGAGCUUGUCUCGUUGUUCCAAGGACUUUUAGAUCAAGCUGGGACUAAUCGCAAAUCUAACUGUUUUCAUAUUAAUAUAAUUAUCUCACAACUUAAUAUACAUAUAUUGUUUUACAUUAUGUUUUAAUAAAUCUUUUAUUGUUUUGAAAAAACAAAUUUGAGGGUUAUCAUUACUGUAGCUUUCUUUAACACAGAAAUUUGUGAAUUUCGUAUUAUUUAAAAAAAAAUUUUUUGAAUUUUAAAAUUUUUAGAAUCCGAUAUUGUGGUAGCCUGCGAGCAGCUGGACAUUAACGCCCCAGAGCCGCUAAACUUUUCUAGUCUAGCUUCGCGGAUCUUUGAAGAUGUUAUUGGUUUGAAGGGAGAUGGAGUUGAGGAUGGUACUCUUUCGAUAAAUGAUGAAGAGCAAGAUGGUACUCUUUCAGAAGAGAGUGAAAGGGAAGAUGAUGUUCUUUUGACUGACAAUGAAGAAGAAGAUGAUACCCUUUGUUAUGAAGACGAAGACGGUACUCUUUUGAAUGACGAUGGACAUGAAAAUGGUAUUGAACAUCAAGUUAAUGCCACCUUCACAUCCGGAACGGAUGAGGACUUCCUGAUGGACGACGAAGCAGAAUAUAGCACUGUUUUGAUAGCUAAUGAACAGGAAGAUGAAUAUCUGAUGAGGAUCUUUGAAGACGAUGAUGGUACUGAUUUUAUGGAAGAUGAACUUGGGAUUGGUACUGCUUUUGUGCGGAAUGAUGCGGAAGUUGGUACUGAUAUUGUGCGGAAUGAAGAGGAAGGUGGUACUCAUAUGGCGGAAAAUGGAGGUUAUAAUGGUACUUUCUUGAUGGAAAAAGAAGAUGAUAAUGGUACUCCUUUGAUGAAGAAUGAGCAUACAAUUGGUACUCUUUUGACGAAAAAAGAAGAGCAAACUGGUACUCAUAUGAAUGUUCUUAAAAAUGGUACUGAUUUGCUGAAGAAUGAACAUAAAACUGGUACCUCUUUGAUGACAAAGGAAGAGGAGCAUGGUACUCAUUUGAAAGCAGACGAAUAUGAAAAUGGUACUAAUAUAAAGAUAAGUGCUUUUAAAAAUGGUAUUCAGUUGUCGAAGGAUGAAGAUGAAUCUAGUACUGUUUUAUUGAAAAACGAAGAUAAAAACGCCUAUUGUCCUAAGAUCUACGAUAAAGACGAUGGUACCGUUUUCCAGGAGAACGACGAAGAAUAUGGUACAUUUUUGAUGGGAAACGUGGAGGAAGAUGGUACCUUUAUGAUGGGGAAUGAAGAAGAAGAUGGUACUUUUAAACGCACGUUUUUGAUGGAAAGUGAAGAGGAAUAUCAACAUGUACAACAUACCAAAUUAGUAUCAAAGGCUGAUCGUCAUGGGAAAAGAGUACCAAAGAGUAAAGUUUGUGGACAAGCAGUACCAAACAGUGAUGUGGAAGCUUCGUCAGCACCUAAUGUACUACUUGAUGCAAAAUUUGCUAUGAACGCUAGGAUGUCUGGUACCGACGUGAAAAAGUCUCAACUUAUAGAAGUUAUCGAUGAAACAGUACCAGAAAGACCUCCUUUGCACAUAAUGACGGAGAUUCAUGAUCUUGCGAAUGUGUCACAGAUUGAAGAUGUACCAGAAAGACCAAACUUUUAUCCAGACGCGAACAAUGUGACAACCUGUCUGAACAAUGCAGAUAUUAACCAUGAACCCGAAUGUGAUGUUCAAAAAGUUGUAUUAGGCUGUGAUAAACAUCGAACUGUACCAGACAGACUGGCUUUUGGAUCAGAAUCUUCAGGACAAAGUGUAUCAAACAGUCAUAAGAAAAGUGUACCAAACAAUCAUAAGCACAGCGUACCAAGCAGGCAGAAAGCCAAUGGGGUGCUAAGUAUAUCAUCCCAAAACAAUCAAGACGUACCAGAAAGACCAAAUUUUUAUUCGGGAUUUCCUACUGUGGAUGAUGUGCCAGAAAGACUAAAUUUUGGUCUAGAAUCUUCACCUGGCCAAAGCGUACCAAGAAGAACACCAAACAGUCAUAACUUUGAUCACGAUGAUUAUAUUACAAUUGACAGCAGCAGCUCUGACGAUGAAGUGCAUUAUGAAGGUCCUUCGUGUCGAAGUGUACCAGAAAGGAGUGAUAUUGAUGGUGUAUUAGAACUGGGUCAAAGUGAUGUUGUAUCAGACAGGGCUCAUAGUGAUGGUGUACCAGAAAGAGGGCAUGAUGAUGGUGUACCAGAAAGGGGGCAUGUUGAUGGUGUCUCAGAAAGAGGUCAUAUUGAUGUUGUACCAGAAAGACCAAAUUUUUAUCCGUCAUGUAGUACUGCUCCAGAAGUACCGGAAUGUUAUAUUAUUAAAGGAUUGACAGUAACAAGUAGUGCUACUUGUGCAUUAGGGAGAAGCAAUAUUAAAGAAGUAGGAGAAUGUUAUGCCAUUGAAGUUGUACCAAAAAGAACUAGUACCAGAGAUACACCAGGAAAUCAUAGCAAUAAAGAUUCACCAGAAAGACGUAGUGUCGAAGAGGUACCAGAAAGGCCAAAUUUUUAUUCAUCAAGUAGUACUCUUCAAGGUGCAACAUCAAGGAAUGUUACUAUAGAUGGUACUGUCCAUGAACUUCUAGGAAGAAGUGGUCUUACAGGUGGUAUAGUUCAGGGGGAACUACGGAGAAAUGGUACUAAAGCUGAUACUGGACAAGAAGUACCAGUAAGGACUGGUGCGUGUGCACUAGGAAGGAAUAGCAUUAUUAAUGCACCAGGAAGAAGCAGUACUAUAGAUGCACCAGGGAGAAGUGUUAUUGAAGAUGGUUCAGAAUGCCGUAUCAUUACUAUCGAUGAUGAAUAAGCCUUGCAUUGGUUGAUUAUAUUAUAUUGAUGAGAUCAGACGUUUGAGAAUCGGAACAACUUGAAAUUUGAUAAAGAUACGCAAUUUAUUUUUUUAACAUUGUAUAUAAUUUUAUACUUUAUUUUGUAAAAAAUUGUAUAAAUGUUUUUAAUUGACUUUGGUGGUCUAUAUAAGUGUAUUUUGAGGGGGGGGUCUGUUUCCCAAAAAUGUGUUUUUUUUCUUUUGAUUUUCGAAAAAAGGUUACCCAAAAAAUAUUUUUACUCUCCUCCCAAAAAUUUGUUUACCCCUCCCCCGUAAAAAGUAAUAAAGUGCCAUUCCACUUUACAAGUAUUACUGUAAUCCAAAUUUAUACCCUCAACAACAAUAUAUAUAAACCAGCGCUUACCUUUUUCUCCGUAUGGAUAUUCAAGUUCACAAGUCCUUUCUCGUUUUGUGCACUCAGGCAGUUUUGACUUCUUGGACUUAACUCUUCACGCAGAUUCGGACCCAUAUCGAAGGUUGUUUUGGGCAAUUGAGACGAUGUUUCUGGUACUGACGGUUCCGUGUAGUCGAUCUUUUCCGGCGAGUACUUCUUGGAAUCGAUGGUGGAGGUUUGCGGGUCUAUCGUGUAUUCUUCCAGCUAAAAGUAGAGGUUUUAUCAACGAUUUUUAUAUUAAAUAUUUUAUCUAAAUAUUAUUUUUCUUCUUAUUUCACAAUGCCAAAAUUCCGUUCAAGACCCAGCGGAAAGUUAGCUUUUUCUUGACAUGCUCGGGUUUUUGUUCAAAUUUGAUAUGUUUUGAUGGAUUAGUUGCUGAAAAAUUGUUUUUUUGGUUUAGUUUUUAUGUUUUUAUAUUGUACUGGAUCACAAUUCCUUAAAAAUUUCUUUGAAUUUGAGGUUUUUCGCUUUAAAACACUUGAAAAUUGACCAUAUUCACCUAGACCGUGGUUGAAAAUGCAUAAAAUGGACUAAAAUUACGAAAUUUUCAGAUUUGCAUAAAUCAGGUAAAGGAUGUACUUCUGUAGCUCUUUCAAAUGGCAAUUAUGUCGAAGCAAUCAUUCAAAAUUUUGCUUUUGAGAAUUGCGGCUGGCGGUUCUCGGCUGAUUCGACUAGACUAGCAUAACACUUGCUUCAGCCUUCCUCAGCGCAACUUCAAGCCUUGUUGGAAUAGACAACCACGAGCUUUUGCCUCAGGAUGAUGUUUGGGAUGCUGCCCCGCUUCUAGGUAUGUUAUUCUUUGUACUCAUCUGGGAUUUUUUCAAAUAAAAAAAUGGUCAAAAAGAUGUUUCAAAGAUUAAAAAUGGAAUUUUAUAAGACUUACUUAUAGUUUGGCUUGAUGUGAGUAACUUUUUGGCCUUCAGUUAGAUGCGGUAGGGUCAUACUCAGGGACGUCGCCACGGAUUUUCUCUGGGGGAGGAGGAGGUAGAAAAAAAUUUUUUCGUUCACAGAUAGCUUUACCUGUGGACCGGUUUUUCAAAAAAUUUUUUUUUGUUUUUUUUACGUACAGGCACCUUACCUGAGGAAUUUUUUUUCGGAUUGGCUCUGGGGGUACCCCCCUCCCCCCCCCCUUCUCCCUCCCCCAAACGACGUCCCUGGUCAUACUGUGAUUAUUGUGCAUUUCCGUCGGUUUUUUGUCAUUUUUUCGGUAAUCCUUGUCAAAUCUUUGUUGGUAAGAAUUGGAUUCGUUUUCAUAUUUUUUGUAGGAUUUUUGAUCUUGUUGAUUCUGAAAAGGGCAAUUUAUAAAAAAAUUAAAGGUCAGUAUGCUGUAACCUAAUCGUAUCUAUACUAAUCAUAUUUUAGGUAUGAGUUUGUCAGUAUCUUUACUAAUGAUAUUUUAGGUAUGAGUUUGAAGAAUCAAGGUUGGAACAUUGAUGAAUCUGCAUUGACUAAAGUGGCAGCGGAUUCAGAAGCAGAAGAUGUUAUAGUGAAGGGUGGAAUUUUUUUGCACACGUUUUUACUUGACGUGAGUUGUGUUAAAUAGCUUGGUAUUAGCUCUAACUGUAUAUUAUUUUAGAUUUAAUUAUAAACUUAAAAAUAUAGAUAUUUUUAACUUAAAAUUUACCAUUUUAGACUGAUCUUCGUCAAAUCUCCUUCCCAGGCAUAGUCAAUGCUUUCACUGCCAAAAAAGAGCUUAAAGGACCAAUAGUACUACAAUUAGUAUCAUGCAGGAACGUUUCAUAUCCUGAAGCCUCGAAGCACGAUGGAAAUAAUGGAAGUUGUGUACUUCGCCUUACAGAUGGACAUCAAACUGUCAAAGCUCGUUUAGUUGAACCUAUAUCAAAGCUGGAUGGUAACACGCCUAGAGGUACUAAGGUUAUGAUAGACGGAAAGGUUAAGAUGGAAGCUGGAUUUCUGAUGUUGAAAAAGAAGAAUAUUACAGUACUUGGUGGUACUGUUGAAGAAUUGGCUAAGAAAUAUAAGAUCGAAAAGGUAAUUUUAAUUUUUUAUGAUUGGCUUUUUGGUAUAUUAUCUAUUAUAUUCUGAUGAUACCUCUUUUUGUUUUAGUUUUUGUUAAUUCUGUUUUUUAGCGCAGGAGAGAGGACGAUUCUGCGUCGACUUUGUAUUGUCAACGGAUUCAUCAGCUCGAGAAGGAGGUCAACAAACUUCAAACACGAGUUCGGACCGCCGAAAAUCGAGUUCGAACCGCCGAAACGGAGUUGGAGGAAACUUGUCGGUAAGGCGUUUUAAGUUGUUUUUUUUUUGUUUUUUAGGUAAUAAUAAGUUGAUUUGAUGUUGUUUUAGGUAACAAAGUAUACAAUUUAUUAGAUUUCUUCUUGUUUUAGUUGCCUUUUGAAAUUUAGGUAAUAAAAUUAAUAUGUUUAUGUUUCAGAGCUAAAGAUGCUGAAUACGCUGAACUUCAGAAGAACUUCGAGUUAUGUUUGGACAGGUGUCGGGCUUUGGAGCUGUCAGAACCUGAGGACACCCUGAACAGUAACAAUGAAUGUAAGAGUUUGUUAUUGAUAGGGGUUUGGAAUAGCAUUUUGAGGUUAUUUUAGGUAAUAAAAUUUACUUUUUUUAUUGUUUUAGGUAACAAAGUUUACUUUUUUGUUAUUUUAGGUAAUAAGAGUUCUUUUUGAGGUCUGUUUUGGCUACAAAACAUUGAUUUUAGGACUGUUUUAGGUACUAAAGUUGGGUUUUUGAUAUUAAAAUUGAUUUUUAGGACCUAAUUUUUCUCAAAAUUUACUAGAAUUGUCACUUUUAGCUUACUCAAGUGGUACUGAUGCGCACACAGAAGAGAAGAAAGUUGGUAAACAAACCGCGAUCAACAUAGCGCCCAUUCAGGGUUCAGCCGCCGUCCGCUCGGUCCCGACCGUAAACCAAAAGGUAGGAUAGUAAGAAACAUAAUAUAUUUAUAUAGUUCAUCUGUUGAAAUUGACUGAAAAAAUUUUUCUCGUAAUUAAUUAGUAUCAAAUUCAUCAGCUCGAGAACGAGGUCAACAAACUUCAAACACGAGUUCGGACCGCUGAAAAUCGAGAAACGGAGUUGGAGGCAACUUGUCGGUAAGGCGUUUUAAGUUGUUUUUUUUUGUUUUUUAGGUAAUAAAGUUUAUAAGUUGGUUUGAUGUUGUUUUAGGUAACAAAGUAUACAAUUUAUUAGGUUUCUUCUUGUUUUAGUUGCCUUUUGAAAUUUAGGUAAUAAAAUUAAUAUGUUUAUGUUUCAGAGCUAAAGAUGCUGAAUACGCUGAACUUCAGAAGAACUUCGAGUUAUGUUUGGACAGGUGUCGGGCUUUGGAGCUGUCAGAACCUGAGGACACCCUGAACAGUAACAAUGAAUGUAAGAGUUUGUUAUUGAUAGGGGUUUGGAAUAGCAUUUUGAGGUUAUUUUAGGUAAUAACAGUGUUUUGCCGGAACGGUCCGCGGACGGGUCCGGUCCGGACGGACCGAAACAAAAUUUUUUGCGGACCGGGCCGGUGAAAAACGCUCCGGACCGGUCCGGGCAAAACACUGGGUAAUAAAAUUUACUUUUUUUAUUAUUUUAGGUAACAAAGUUUACUUUUUUGUUAUUUUAGGUAAUAAGAGUUCUUUUUGAGGUCUGUUUUGGCUACAAAACAUUGAUUUUAGGUCUGUUUUAGGUACUAAAGUGGUUUUUGAUAUUAAAAUUGAUUUUUAGGACCUAAUUUUUCUCAAAAUUUACUAGAAUUGUCACUUUUAGCUUACUCAAGUGGUACUGAUGCGCACACAGAAGAGAAGAAAGGUGGUAGACAAACCGCGAUCAUCAUAGCGCCCAUUCAGGGUUCAGCCGCCGUCCGCUCGGCCCCGACCGUAAACCAAAAGGUAGGAUAGUAAGAAACAUAAUAUAUUUAUAUAGUUCAUCUGUUGAAAUUGACUGAAAAAAUUUUUCUCGUAAUUAAUUAGUAUUGUUUUUAGUCUGUAAGGAACAAAAACUUCAUUUUCAACAUUUAUAUGCCAUCUCCAGUAAGAAGCUCCGAAGGUAAUUCGUUGGAAAAAAACGUCAGAAUGUCAAAUGACCUGAAACAGAAAUUGAAAGAUCAUAACAUCAAUUAUCAAGACCAAGAGGUAAAUAUUAAUGUAAACCAAUGAAUUGUUUUGAUUUUAUCCGAUAUGAUAAAAUUUUGCCACUGUAAAUUUUAAUGCUAAAAAAUUUUCAGAUAAAACCCAAGCCUACCGUCAGAAGCUUUCGCGAAAAACGAUUCAAAUUAGCAUUUCGAAGAAGAUGCCAGGAAAUUUACCAAAAUUUUCUAUUGGAUGAAAACACCCCAAAGUGCGCAAGGAGAAAACAAUCUCUCAAAAACUUGCUAAGACACAAUCCAGAGGAAGACAGACUCACUGCGUACGGGAUAUAUUUAGCCUUGGGCUUCAUCGCAUACGAAGGAAACUUUUCCCCAAUGUCAUUCAGAACGUUUAGAUCUCAUGUCACUUUGGAGGAUUAA